AUGGAGAGCUUCUUGAAGCAACUGGUCCAGGGCAAGGCGUUGCUCUUCAUCAUCAUUCUUGGUCUGGGAGGACGUUUUCAGGUCGGAUGCCACCUCACACUGAUCAGCUCUCCAUCUCCUUUCAUUAGGAGGUUUAUAAACAGUAGCUGGACUCUGCGGUACGGUGAAGCUCCAGGAGAAGACACGCUCACGCUCAUCUGGGGUGCAGUCGUGACCUCUUACGCUAUUGGUGGCCUGAUCGGCGCCGUUAGUGUCGGGUUUGUCAUCAGUCAUGUUGGGAGAAAGAAAGCAAUGAUCUGGAACAACGCGCUCAACAUCGUCGCUUUAGCCAUCAUGAUGAUCAGCAAAGUUGUAAAUUCGUUUGAGAUGAUCAUGCUGUCUCGCUUCAUGUUCGGUUUAACCUCAGGAUUAGGUGGGAACAUUCAUUCCAUCUACCUCGGAGAGAGCACGCCCAAGAAAAUACGAGGGACAGUGACAGUAACAGCGAGUACUUUCCUUAGCAUUGGAAAGCUGACAGGGCAGACGGCAGGUCUGAGUGAGAUCCUGGGUCGAGAGGAGUCCUGGGACAUCCUGCUCUGUGUUCCAGCGUUUUUCUCUUUCAUUCACAUAGUAACGCUGCCCUUCUUUCCUGACGCGCCAAGAUAUUUACUGAUCGAGAAAGGGGAACUUGAGGAGUGUAAAAAAGCGCUGCAGAGCCUGUGGGGUCCGGGUGACUAUAAACCGGAGAUCGAGGAGAUGCAAGUGGAGAUGGACGCUCUGAAAGGACAACGCAAUAAGAGUCUGCUCGAGCUGUUGAGAGACUCGCAUGUUCGCUGGCAGUGUCUCUCUCUGGUCACCGUCUAUACAGCCAUCCAGUUUUGCGGUAUCUCAGCAAUCAGCGUUUAUGCUUUCAGCAUCUUCGAGGAGGCUGGAAUUCCCGUGGAUAAGAUCCGGUACGUCACGCUGGGCAUCGGGGCCUCUGAAAUCCUCACCAGUGUCAUGUGUAGCCUGGUGAUUGACCGUGUUGGAAGGCGAGUGUUGCUUUGGGCAGGUUUUGGGAUCAUGGCAGCCAUUAUGGUAUUGCUCACCGUCACAGUUCAGCUAAAGGAUUAUGAUUUUUGGAUUCCAUACGGCACAGUCGGCCUUGUGUUUCUGUUCACCAUCUUUUACGGAGGAGGACCAGCUGCCGUGAACACGCCACUCAGUUAUGAGAUGUUUGUCCAGUCAGAUCGGUCUGCUGCGUUCACAUUAAUGGCAGUUCUUGUAUGGGGAGGCUUCCUAGUCUUCAGCUUCGUUUUUCCAUUUCUUCAGGGUGCUUUGAUGUCCUUCAGCUUUUUGUUCUUCUCGUGUGUUGGCCUGGCUGCAUCCCUCUGUAUAUUCUUCCUUUUGCCAGAAACAAAGGGCAAAACUCCACAGGAAAUCACGGACGAUUUUAGAAAAAUCAGAGUGUGUGGCUCUCCGACUGAAGACAAAUAUAUGGAGACAAAGUUGUGAAAGGAAACUUUUUUUUUUCUUUUUCUCUCUCU